AUGAAGUUUAUUUCCACCCUGCCAAUGAUUGCACUCUUUGGAGUUGCUGCCGUUUUAGCAGCCCCAGCAGCCCCAGCAGCCCCAGAUGGUCUGACUGCUCCGUCUGGUACUAAGUCCGAUGACAUCUUGGACGCUCAUCACGACGCUGAAUUCUUUAAGCGCGGCCUUCACCUCGGUCCGCGAAGUGACAGUGAUCCUGGCUUUGAGAAGCGCGGCCUUCAUCUCGGUGUGCGAAGUGACAGUGGUCCUAGCUUUGCGAAGCGUAGUACCACUCUUGGAAGAAUCGAUAGAACAGCAUAG